CAUUGAGCAGCAAAAUGGCGUCCGCAUCAGAAAAUCAGGGUGCAGACAGAGAACUGGAUGAAUUAUUGGACAGUGCUCUUGAUGAUUUUGACAAGACAAGUGCGCCACCUGCAGCCCCAGAAGCCCCCAAUGCUACUGAUGCAGGAGCAAAAAGUGAAGAGAAGCCGCCCCUGCUGGAGGAUAGUAAGUUCUUUGAAUCCCUCUUUGAAGGGGAGAUGGCAAAUCAAGCUAGGGAAGAGUGGGAAAAAGCCAUGACUGAGUUAGCUCAGGAAGAACCAGAGCUUCUACAGCACUUUCAGAAACUGUCGGAAGUAGCAGGCAAAGUAGGCACAGAUGCUGCGUCACAGCAAGAAUUCACCUCCUGUCUUAAAGACACCCUUAGUGGUUUGGCAAAAAAUGCAGACAACAUGCAGAGCGCAGGACUGGCCGGAGAGGAUAUAGUAAAGACCUUAGAGAACUUGGGAUUGAAUGAAAAUGGGGAGGGAAGUGGUGAAGAUGGAAAUAUCCUUCCUAUUAUGCAGUCUAUCAUGCAGAACCUUUUGUCCAAAGAGGUUCUGUACCCUUCUCUUAAAGAAAUAACAGAAAAGUAUCCUGAAUGGCUGGACAGCAACAGGCAAUCCCUUCCCCCAGACCAAUUCACACAGUAUGAGCAACAGUACAGGAUAAUGGGAGAGAUAUGCAGCCAGUUUGAGAAAGAUGGAGACAGAGAGAGCACAUUUGAAACCAUUCUGGAACUCAUGCAGAAGCUACAAGACUUGGGUCAACCUCCAAAAGAGCUUGCUGGAGAGGCACCACCUGGCUUAAACCUCGACCCAGAAUCUCUGCAUCUUCCUGGAGCACAAGGGGUUCCAGGAGCAGAGCAGUGCUCAGUCAUGUGAUCUCAGUGAGGUCAAAUUAAUGUACAUUUGAAAACGAUGCAAUUUGUAACUAAUUAUCAGAACCGAGCUGGACACAUGCUCCCCUCUUAAAGAAGUUUGGUUAUGUGUCUGCCCUGAAACUGUGAACGUUCACUAAAUCAAUUUUACUUAGUACAUUUUGUCAAAAGAGGUUCUUUUUAGUCAUUUUCAUCCCUAAUGUAUUUACUUUAUUCAUUGUAGAGCAGCUCUUAAUUUUUUGAUAUCACAGUCUGCUGACAACUUGGUAAGAGUCAAAGUUUUUUGAAUUAUAUGAAAGUCUUCCACUUUUACAUCAAAUCACAUUUGAUGGCUCAUUUUGUGGAUUGUGUUACUAAUAAUUGGAGGCAAAUGAGUGGAGCUCAAAAUGAUUGGAAAGGUUUAGUAAUUUUAAGUCUCAGAAGAAUGAUUAGGGUCUACAAAUAUAGAUUUCAUCAGAUUCAAUUUUGAUUGUUAUUUGAAUAUAUCAUAUAAUAUAGCAACUUAUGUGUCAAUUCUCAUAAGUUAUUCUCAAACUGUAGCACCCAGAUUCUUUUCUGUGUUUCGACAAAUAAUCGGUGACCAAAACUUAGAUUCAUUAUUCUCAAAUAACUACCGACAUUUAAAUCCCUAUAAUAUAUCCUAAAUAUCAUGGUCACCUUUGCAUUGCAUUUGUGGUUGGAAUAGAAUUGUUCUCGCUCCUUGUGUCUUCUAACGGUUACUGUAACCUACUGCAUGUUGAGCAGUUUGAACUUUCAGAGUAGUGAAUUACCCAUGUGGAUUUGACUCAUAACUAUGGUGGUGCCUCUUUAAUUGUGAUUUAGUCCCCAUUUUGCCUUGAUAAAAAGUAUUUUGGUUAAUUGGAGUUAGAGCUCAUAUUCAAAUUAUUGCUCUGAAAGAACGUCGAGUUGUAUGCCAGGAUACCUCAGAAGUGUACCAAUAUUUGCAGAAUUGAAAAUCAAACAGAGAAUUCAAAGUCCAUUUGCUUUUGAGAGGAUGUUUACGUGGUUCUUUUGUGCAAACAGAUUUGAAUAUGUGGAAAUGGGAUCCCUUCACACAAUCAUACCUAGAAAUGAUUGGUCAUCAACUUGCCUGGUUGUAAUUCCUAAAUGGCUGUAUGACAGUACAGUGUGGCCAAUAUAGAGAUUACGGGAAGGAUAGACAAUGGGAUGUGUAAGGACAGGACAGACACAUUUAAGGGUUUCAACUCUCUGGUGUUGCUCAAACACUCAAGCACUUAAGUUAGCUAAUCCAUAUUCUUUAUUGUGUUGAAUGUUCCCUUGGAUGUAUGGUCCAUUGGUCUUGUCAUAUUCUACUAUAUAAAGAAAAUAGCAAUUCUGAAAAAUAAAAUAAUUUUUUUAAACUUUACAGUUUAUAUUGUUGUAUGUCUGCCACAUUUUAUUCAAGUAGUUCUGGUAUGUUUCCAAAUAAAAAAAAUAAAAAACAUAUUUCAUUACAAAAACAAUGCACACACACACAAACAGACACUCAUUCUUCUCCUUAGGCCUUUAACAGCAAUUAAUGUCCUGAGUUUUCUUGGGUAAGUCUGUAUAAGGUUUGCACAUUGUACAAUAUUUGCCUAUUUUUCUAAAGAUUCUCUUCAACUUUGCCAAAUUAAAUGGAGAGCAUUAGUUAACAUCAACUUUCAGGUCGUGACAGAGAUUUUGUAGUAUUGAAGUACUACUGAUUCUGGCUGAACUGUUAAAGCUUCAGGAAGUCUUGAAUUGUACUGUAACCUUCAUGUUGUUGUGGAGGUAGGGCAUGGUCGAGUGAUCGCUGAGGGAGAGCGAAAGUGGUAAGGAUCUCCAUCUGGGAUAGAUUGUUGUUCAUUACAUGUACUAUGUUUCCUGUGAAAGAUUGGGGGAGAUAAAACAAAGGCAACCAAGUCCAUAGAUGAGAGAGAAGACCAAGUCUGAGUUCUGGCUGUGUUAAUUAAAGUCUGAUUUUGGAGUGUUCAGUAGUUACAUGACUAAACAAACCUUUUACAGUUGUGUAACUUGUGUUCCUCAUAAUGGAUGUUCUUCUAAGGAGGCUGAAAAUAUGAAAUGCAGAACAGAUUGUUUUUGCAAGGACAGUGUAUCCCAUUUCAGCCAGAAAUCAGUGUAAACCAACUUAAUCUCAAGCAAAAACCUGGAUUACAAAUGGGGCCAAUCCAUAAACAUUAAAAUACUCACUUUUUCAAAAGUAUAGCACAAGAUGUAAACAAUAUGCAUGUCCAAUAUGACAAUAAUAUGUCGCUUUGACAGUACUCCUGCUAUUGUACGCCACCACUGCAGUGUUGUCUAACUGUCAGCAUGUGAAACUUUGACGUCUGACCAAAAAGGAUCUAAGAGGACUUUCAGCAGUUCCAGGUGUUUUAUGUGCCACACAGUUUGUGCAUCUUUCCAGGUGCCAAACGCUGGACAUCUCCAUCCUGCGUUAGAUGUAUUUUUAGUGAUAACUAUGCAUCUGGCGAGUCUUGGCGAGUGUCACCUUGCCAGUGAAUCCUCCUUGCCUCCAAAUAGUCACACUAGAUGGCUAAGCAGCCUCGCUUCACUAGUAGGCGAAGGUGACCAUGUUGUCAAGUGUGAUGAGGGACCCUCGGGCAUAACUGCCCAUAAGAGACCUCAUCCGUGGCAAGCCUGGCAGGGUGACGGCGGCUGCAAUGGCCAUAAAACUCAGUGCUUGCUGGUACUGACUCAGUUGAAUGGUUCUCCCAAGCUUGCACCUUGUUAAGGAGCAUGGAAUUAAUGCUUUCGUCGGUCAGGUGCCAACAUGCUUACAGAGUCAAGAUUAAUUUAAAAUGGAAACUUGCUGACUGAGCAGUCACACACUCUUUUGUCCAUUUGCCCUUGAGGCCCAGUGCACAAGCACCACAUCUACACAUUUUGUACAUGUGAAUUAAGUAAGUACCAAAAACAUAUGGAUAAAAAAAUGAAAAAUAAUAAAUAAAUAAAUAUUAGCACUGUCUACUACACUAUAGUAAACAACCUGAGCCUUACACAAUGUACUUCAGA